AUGGCGGGCAACAACAAUACCCCUCUUGGAAGCUCCAGCGGGUUGCCAUUCCCCACUCUCAAGAGAUCGCAUAUUCUACACUGCUCCUACCAUUACUGGCAUCCAAAAUACCGCUCCGUGACCCCGAAAGCUCGCCUCAUUCCCCUGAAUGAUGCAUUCCUCAACUAUCUCCGCGCAGACGGAAUCAUUUUACCACCGCAAGACGAAAAUCCCCCAGGCGCCGAUGACGACAGUGGCAUCUAUUCCCUAUCUGAUGAUUCUGAUCCGGACGAUGACGAUGUGGACCCUUCCAUACAAUGGCAAGAGAUACACGCGCAGAUAAAAGCGACAAUAGAGGAACUGGGUGGGAAGGUAGCUCCGAAGCUCAACUGGAGUGCCCCUAAAGACGCUACCUGGAUAUCCGCGACAAACGACAUGCAGUGUAGAACUCCGAAUGAUAUAUACCUGCUAUUAAAAAGCAGCGAUUUCGUGACUCAUGAUCUGGAGCAUGCUUUCGACGGAUGCGUAUCGGACACAGAAGAGAAAAGCGAUGGAGAGGUGGAGGUGGAGGUGGAAGAGGGGAAGGAAAAGGAGCAAAAACAAGCAGAACAAUCCCGCAUCCCUUACCACCUAGUCCUACGCAAAUACAUAACCCUAAACCCCUCCCUUGAAUUCCGUUGCUUCGUCCGAGACAGGAAGCUCCUCUGUCUCUGCCAGCGCGACCUUAAUCACUUCAAUUUCCUCUUCGGCCUUCGCGAUAACCUUCGCGACAAAAUCCAAACGUUCUUUGAUAUCAGGCUGCGCGACACAUUUCCGGACCCAGAUUUUGUGUUUGAUGUCUACGUACCGCCACCGCAUAAUCGUGUGUGGCUGAUAGAUAUUAACCCCUUUGCACUCCGGACUGAUCCCCUGCUUUUCUCGUGGUUGGAGAUUUUGAAUUUGAAGGUUCCGAGUUGCGACGACGAUGGGGAGAGUGAUACGGUGCGGGUUGAAAUGCGCCGGGGUGGUGCAGAGAGAGGUACAGAAAAUGGAAUCGGUGAUGAAGAGAGUGAAGGUGGUGAUGAGGAUGACCUCGAUGCCGCGACUACGUUCUCUUUCGUUCCCGAAUUCCGCCUUGUGGAACACGACGAUCCGGAAGCGUAUGGCUUCGCGACACCACGAUAUUCGGCGCAUAAGUUGCCUAGGGACGUAGUGGAUGCAUCGAGGAGUGGUCCUGGAGGUAUGAACGAGUUCCUUGGUCAAUGGCAGGACAUCCUUGCAAAAAGGAUACAAGAGGAUGAGGAGGGCGGAGCUUGA